ACAUCCACCCCGACCUCUCCAUUUCUAUUUAUCUUUCAGCUUUGAUCCUUGUUGUUAAUCAACAUUCAUUCAACAUUAAUUAAUUAUAUAUCAUGGCCGGAAAACCCAGCAGCAGCAAGCUUGGCGUGGUCCUGGUUCUUUGCCUGUGCAUGGCCCUGCUCCUCGCCGCCGCCGUUGAUGGCCGCUCCAUCGGUUCUUCGCUGCAUCACCGCCACCGCCAUGUGAAGGUGCAGUCCCCGCCGACGCCGAGUGGCCACGGAAGGGGCGCCGGUCGUAAUAAGUUCGCUGGAGUUCUAGCUCUCCGGGGGAUCAAGAACUCAGGCCCAAGCCCGGGGGAAGGGCAUUCCUUGGUGAACGGUGCGGGCCAUAAUUGAAGCCUCUCGUCAAAAUUAAGUUCUUAUAUUUGGGUAUUAAACAGUCACUAAAGUUCAAGAGUCUUUUUAUAAGUAGUUCAUUAUGGGUAUGGCUUCUUUUGUUCAAUGGUUAAACACAAACACCAGAUUAAACUGUAUACAAUAAUUAGCUAAGUGAGUGCGGAAAUAAAUGUUUCCUUAUGUUUUUCUUGAGAAAGAAGAGUCGAUUGGUUUGUAUUUAUUUAUGAUGAAUU